CUGUAUGGUUUUGCUUGGUCGCUGUUGACUUGCACAGUUGCGUAGAAUCCAGGUUAGAUGUCAUUUGUGGUCUGUGAGAAGUUGGAGAGUUGCCCAGAAUUUUGGCUUCAAUUGUGUUACAGGAAGUGAGAAGCCCAACGGAUACGAAUACGUUGCUCCCUCCGUUCCAUAAUUCUUGUCGAAAUAGACGUAGAUACAUCCAUUUCUGGACAAUCUUGAGACAAAAAUUAUGGACGGAAGAGGCAGUACUUAUUUAUAUCUGGAAGAGAGAGUAGUGGAAUCGAAUCUCGAUGGAGUCUUGUUUUCAGAAGACUAGUUUGCUUUUGUGAUGGAGUGAGCGUGACGCUCCGGUUAGUUGUCUUUGAAGCUGCGGCAGCUCUAGCCUUGAAAACGUUUCUGGCAAUAAGAAGUGGACUACGUAUUUGGUUCCAAAAAAAAAGAAGGAAGUGGACUACGUAUAGUACUAGUAUAUUGCUUCCGCGUACUGAAAUAGGACCAGCAUUUCCUUUGUUCCAAGGAAGUAGGUAAGUUAAGUUGACAUAUACAUUUCCUGGUGCCUGUGUUCAUAAGUCGGCUGUCGGUGGAUGUGCACAUGCAGCAGGUGCAGGCACUAACGAAAGAAGAAUCUAUGCUCUGUUUGAAUCAGAGAAGGAUUCGAUUUGGCACACAGCUCAAUAAGACAACAUUCAGUCAAACUUAUCAUAAUUUUGUAAAACCAAGUUAAAUCGAGCGAGGUAUAAAAGUAGUGCAAUUUCUUUACCUGAGGGGAUUGAAUUGAUAGGAAGAUUUUGUGAAGUUAAGGGCAGAGACUGGAUCCAAGGAGCAAGCUGAAACUGAAAGCAAAGCAGACCAACGGAGGCCGGCGACCCAGAGAAGAGAAGAGAGGCCGCCCGUGAGCCGUGACACAAAAGGACGGUGUAAAUAAAGAAAAGGGACCAAACGGCAAACCCCCCUCACAAGGGUGAAGAAGGGGACACACACAACACAACACAACACAACACAACACAACACAACAACACAAGGCAAGGCAGAUCUCGCCGGAUGGCUGCCGACGGCCCCGGCGUGAUCCGCCGCGCCUUGGACAAGGCCUGCGCCAGCGCCCGCUCCGGCCGCCGCGCCCUCGCCCGCUUCGCCCCCCGCCCGUCCGCCUUCUCCCCGGCCCCCGACGCCGAGGCCGCCGCCGUCCGCGCCGUGCGCAACCUCCGCACCUUCCGCUUCCACUACGCCGUGAUCCAGUGGGCGCUCCUCCUCGCCUCCCUCGCCCCGCACCACCGCGCCUCCAUGCUCUUCCUCAUGGCCGCAUCCAAGGGCCUCCUCCUCUACGGCGGCCUCCUCAAGGCCUUCCCCAACUCCGCCCUCCUCCGCCGCCUCCUCGACCGCCGCCUCGUCGCCACGCUCUUCCUGCUCCUCGUCCUCGCCGACCUCGCCGCCGCCUCCGCCAUCGCCAACCUCCUCUUCGCGCUCGCCGCCGGCGUCCCCGUCGUCGUCCUCCACGCCGCGUUCCGCGUCCGGGACGACCUCGAGCCUCCUGCCGACUCCUCCUCCUCCUCCUCCGCAGCAGCAGGGGGAGACGAGGAGGAGAAGACGACGCACGUGGUGGUGGACAAGAGGGAGGACGGGGACAUGGAGACGGGGCCAACGCGCCGCUCCAUGGCCACGCCGGCGACCAAGUCCUAAACAAACAAACAACUCCUCCACUCCAUCCAGAUACUACGACAUUGCUAGGCACACAGAAACACAGACAAGACUGUGUAUUUCCAUUGUACUCCAGCCAUGAAUUGAUGCAAUGGAAGAUUAUGUAUGAAAAGUUGGAUUGGUUGCAAAGGGAGGGUUUCCAUUUGGAAAAGAGGCAAGUCAACAACGUGUUUGGGAGAUAGCCUAACAUGUUGGAGAGAAUUAAUAAAAAAACUAGUACAACUCAACUCAAGUGGUGCAGAAUUAGCUGGGCAGCCACCACAACCCAAAAUGAAAGGAAACAAGAGAAGAAAGAGUUGAGGCCUUCACCAGUUGUUUACUAGUACUAACAUCUACCUGUCCAUCAAAAUACUAAUGGCAUUGCAUGUGCGUGUGUGUGCGCGCGUUGGCAGAAAAAAAGGAGAAUGUUCUUCCUACAGUAAAAUGCAUAUUACUGCUAGCUAACUCAAAGGCAUGUACAUAUUUGAUUAUUUUCUAUGCUCAUAAAUCUUUACUGCGGGGAUAAGUUUUGUGUCCUGUUUAAAACAAGUCUGUGCUUCAAAUUUGUUUCAGAUAUUUGCAUGUGUAGUAUUUUCAAAUAUAUGUUAAACACUUGUAACUAAUUUUUUUUCCGGGAGCACAUGAUCACUAGAGCCA